AUGGGACCUUCGUUGGAGAUAGCAUUCUCGAUGAGGAAAUUGUCUCAACCCUCAUUGUCGAAAUCUCUAUAUUCAUAUUCGUGUUCUUUAUCCUCUUCUGUCUAUACUUCUUCUGGAAAAGAAAGCGUGAAACAGAGGAGCUGCAGAGAGGCAGCCUGCCACAGCAACAGCAGCAGCCCUCAAACAACGGUAACCCACAACCACCAGAUGAGCAGCCUGCCACAGCAACAGCAGCAGCCCUCAAACAACGGUAACCCACAACCACCAGAUGAGGAGCCGCGAACGAAUACAGGGCUUGCACCAGAAGUUAUCAGUAACUUCCCGACAUCAAAGAUUGGUACUGAUACAGUGCCCUCGCCAUAUUUCUCGAAGAAUAAUGACUGCGUAAUCUGCUUCGAGGGUUUCUUGGAUGAUGAGGUCGUCAAGGAGUUGCAACCCUACCUCCAUACAUUCCAUGUCAAGGAGUUGCAACCCUGCCUCCAUGCAUUCCAUGGAGACUGUGUUGACAAGUGGCUCGGCAGGGAUAACCGUUGCCCAUCUUUCAGAGGGUCUCUCAUACAGCCCUGA